AUGGAUGAGGAAUCGGCUUAUUAUGAAUGCCAUUACGCGCCGUGCGCUCGGAUAGAGCGCGAGCCGAGACAGUUCUCCAUAUGUGGUCGCUGUCAGGAGACGCGAUACUGUGGCACACAAUGCCAACAACGGGACUGGCCUUACCAUAAGAAGUACUGUCGGGAGCGACCGCACAGAGAGUGCGCUCCGCAGCAGCUAAUGCUUCCGCACCGGACGGAUGGCGCGCCCGACAGAUAAUCGCCAAUCGGAUCCGUUGUUCCCCUCGCGAGUGGCAAACUAUUAGUCUAUUUCAUAAACGGAAUAUUCAUUACAACAACAAACAAAACAAAAACAAAACUUUUUUUAUCGCAUGAAUAACACAACACAUACAAAGUCUUAACAGUUAAUGUGAACAAAUUAUAAACCCGUGUUUUUCUACGUUAUUCUGUGUGUAACAGAAUAUUCUGUGUCUAAACGAGAAUUUUGUUGCUAAAAAUGUUGUUGUAUAAAAUGGUUCCCAUAUAUUCUGUAUUACGAAUUACAUUACCAUUUAGUAUAAGAAACGCCAGAAUUAGAUAAUUAAUGUGAAUAUUUUGAGGAAAUGUUGUGUUAAUUAAGGGAAACGUUAUUAUUUAUUGAGUUUUCUAUUCAAAUAGCAGUACUAAUCAUUGC